ACUAACUUUCCAAAAAGCCCCUUACCAACCUAAACUCAUCAUGCCUCCUAGAAGACAAAAUCCUCCUCGUCAACGAGCUGUUUGGGACAUAGAAAUGGAAGAACUACGUCAACAAAUUCAAAGGCUUCAAGAAAGACUCGAAGCUUUUGAGGGACAACAAACUCAACACCCGCAAGAUGAACCACAUGAGUCAGAGGAAGAUACUGAUGACGAGAAUCCCUUCCAUCACCUAAGGGAUAAUGAAAGCUCAUCAUCAACAGAAAGAGUUCGUCGUCGACGAUGUCCCCAACAAAAUGCUGCUCCCAAAUCCACUGACCUUGGCAUCAAAAUUGAUAUUCCAAAUUUUGAAGGUCGCCUUCAACAAGAUGAAUUUAUCGACUGGUUGCACACUGUGGAACGUGUGUUUGAACUUAAGGAUAUUCCUGACGACAAGCAAAAGGAGCAAAAUGAUGAAACUGAGUCACCCCAGCUUGAGGAAGAACUCAUCCCAGCUGACCAUGGAGAAUCUUUGGUUGUGCGUCGUAGUCUACAUGCUACCAUAACCAAGGAUGUAGAUUGGCUUCGACAUAACAUCUUUCACACCAGAUGCACUUCUCGAGGGAAAGUCUGCAAUGUCAUCAUUGCCAGUGGAAGUUGUGAGAAUGUUGUGUCAAAUUAUAUGGUUGAGAAGCUAGGUCUGCCUGUCAAAGAUCAUCCCCAUCCAUACAAGGACCAAGACAAAGUAUGGUGUGAUGUUAUUCCUAUGGAUGCUUGUCACUUAUUACUUGGUCACCCUUGGCAAUUUGACCGAAAGGCUAUCCACGACGGCCAUGCCAACACCUACUCGUUUGUGAAAGAUGGUGUGAAGGUUAAGCUCACUCCCCUGAAGCCUGAAGAAACACUUGAAAAGAAGGGUGAGGACAAGGCUUUAAUCUCCAGAUCAACCUUUCAGAAGUUACACCAAGAGUCGGGAAUAGCAUGUCUCCUACUAUUAUUCAAAGUAAAUGAUGCCACUUGCCCUUUUCUAGAAGAAAUCCAAUCUCUCCUUGAAGAAUUUUCUGAUGUUGUUCCUGACGAGAUCCCUCCUAGAUUACCACCAAUGAGAGACAUUCAGCAUGCCAUUGAUUUCAUCCCAGGAUCUGUCAUCCCAAACAAGCCUGCUUAUCGGAUGAACCCUCAAGAGUAUGCGGAACUUCAACGACAGGUCAAAGAACUGAUGGAGAAAAGACUUGUCAAGGAAAGUGUUAGCCCAUGUGCCGUGCCUAUGCUACUCGUCCCAAAGAAAGACGGAACUUGGAAAAUGUGUGUAGAUAGUCAAGCAGUCAACAAAAUCACUAUCAAGUACCGCUUCCCAAUUCCACGCCUUGAUGAUAUGCUUGAUCAACUGCAUGGAGCUACUGUCUUCUCAAAGAUUGAUUUGAGAAAUGGAUAUCACCAGAUUCGAAUGCAUCCCAGUGAUGAAUGGAAGACAGCAUUCAAAACUAGAGAUGGUUUGUACGAGUGGACGGUCAUGCCAUUUGGAUUGUCUAAUGCUCCCAACACUUUCAUGCGCCUUAUGAACCAGGUAUUUCGACCCUUCAUUGGGAAAUUUGUUGUGGUUUACUUUGAUGAUAUCCUGGUAUAUAGCAAGAAUGAACAGGAGCACCUAGACCAUCUCCGGCAAGUUUUUGAAGUCCUUAGAGAACAAAAACUUUAUGCUAAUCUCAAGAAAUGUUCAUUCCUCACUACAAGUGUGACAUUUCCUGGAUACAUCAUCACUGCUCAAGGUAUCAAGAUGGACCCCAGUAAGAUUGAUGCUAUUGUCAGCUGGCCUACACCAACAUCGAUGCAUGAUGUUCGAAGCUUCCAUGGCCUGGCAUCUUUUUACCAGAGAUUCAUCAAGAAUUUUAGUUCUAUUGUUGCCCCUAUUACUGACAGCCUUAAGGGUGACAAAUUUUCAUGGAGUGACAAAGCCCAACAGAGUUUUGAAGAAUUAAAGAGGAAGCUUACUGAAACCUCUGUACUUGCACUUCCCAACUUUGACCUGAUGUUUGAAGUAGAUUGUGAUGCUUCUAAUGUUGGAAUUGGUGCAGUGUUAAGUCAAGAAGGUCGACCCAUUGCCUUCUUCAGUGAAAAGUUGAAUGGCACAAAGCUCAGAUAUUCCACCUAUGACAAAGAAUUCUAUGCAAUUGUUCGAGCCUUGGAGCAUUGGAGUCAUUAUCUUCUUUCCAAAGAAUUCAUCUUGCACUCUGACCAUGAGGCAUUGAAGCACCUGAAUUCUCAACAGAAGAUCAGUUGUCAACAUGCUGCUUAGAGUGAAUUUCUACAAGCUUAUCCUUUUCUCCUCAAAUACAAAUCUGGAGUUCAGAAUCGUGUAGCUGAUGCUCUGAGUCGCCGACAUGCCUUGCUUACUUUCUUACAAAUGAAAGUCACUGGAUUUGAAGUGAUCAAGGAGUUGUAUGAGGAUGAUCCUGAUUUUAGCAACAUUUGGCAAGCCACUUCUAAUCAAGCCUUUUAGCAAUA